GAUGACUAACCUCUAUGCCUUGACAACUGCGUGACGUAUUGCUGUGAACUUAAUUGCAUGUUUUUAUUUUGAUUGCAGACGCAUCCCAGUCUCACACGUUAAUUAAAAUUGCAUUAUAGUGUGUCAUGAAUGGAGCGGAUUUGUUAUUGUAUGUGGUAAACAUUUAUCACUUGUGAAUGAGUUAUCAUUAUAUUCGAUAUUAAUGGAAUUGUAUUACAUGAACACAAAUGUCCCGGGGAAAACUAAGAAGUGUCACCGACGUUUGCGCAGACUGUGGAGCAGUAGAUCCUUCUUGGGCAUCCAUUAACAGAGGUAUUUUAUUAUGUGAUGAAUGCUGCAGUAUUCAUAGGAGUUUAGGGCGUCACAUUUCUCAAGUGAAAUCUUUAAAAAAAGGAACAUGGAGUCCUACACUUCUUCAAAUGGUUCACACUCUAAACAACAAUGGUGUAAACAGUAUUUGGGAGCAUUCCCUACUAGAUCCUUCAAAUUCAAAAUCUGGACGCCGAAAACCCCAACCCAAGGACCCUGUACACCCAACUAAAGCAGAUUUUAUACGUGCAAAACAUCAAAUGCUAUCUUUUGUAUUUCGACCAGGGAAAGAUGACACUUUGCUUUUGGAAGAUGAUUUGAGUCGACAGUUACAUUCGAGUGUUCGAACUGCAAAUUUGGAAACUAGUCUUCGUUUGUUAUCGCAAGGAGCAGAUCCAAACUAUUUCCAUGAGGAAAAAGGAACCACUCCAUUACAUGUGGCAGCCAAAGCAGGUCAAAUGUCACAAAUGGAAUUGUUGGUUGUCUAUGGUGCUGACCCUGGCUCUGUGGACAGUAACGGCAAAACUCCUGUGGAAUAUGCAAGGACUGCAGGCCAUAAGGAUCUUGCUGAUAGAUUGGUAGAAUGUAUGUAUGAGCUUACAGAUAGAUUGGCAUUUUAUUUAUGCUUCCGCAAACCUGAUCAUUUAAAUGGGCAACACUACAUCAUUCCUGAAGUGUCUGACAGUGUAGAACAUACAGACUUAGCCAAAGCAGCCAGAAGAAAAUUGCAACAGUUGCCCAAUCAUCUUUUUGAAGAAUUAGCUAUGGAUGUUUACGAUGAAGUUGAUAGACGUGAGACUGAAGCAAUUUGGUUGUCUAUGCAGCAGUCAGCAAGUUCAUUACCCAUUGAUCAUUGCGCGGUACCGUUUCUUCCUGUUAACCCAGAAUUUUCUUCAACUCGUAAUCAAGGUCGUCAGAAAUUAGCACGUUUUAAUGCAAGAGAAUUUGCAAUGUUGAUAAUUGAUAUCUUAUCAGAUGCAAAAAGAAGACAGUCCCCAACAACAACAUCACUUAUUCUACCUCAUGAAGCAAAGGAAGGUCUUCACUCCAAACUUUCAAAAUCAGCUUUGACACCCAUCAAUAAUACUGCGGUUUUGAAAAGAAAAUCUGAAAUUUCUGAUGAUGAGCCUCUGUAUGACAGUGUAGCUUCUGAUGAAGAUUAUCUGACUGCAGAGCAAAUAGCAGCCCUAUCUCAAAGGUUAUCAGAAGAUAACCCAGAUAAAGGAGAAAAUAAGGGAUUGUUCUCUGAAAAAACAAAUGGUUCUUCUAGUAACUUGGCAGAGACAAUGUUGUCCACCAGUUCAACAUCAAUGGAAGAAAAUCUCAGGAAACAGCUUGCACUUUCAGAAAGUAGGAUGGAUGAAAUGAAAGCUGAGAUUCGAGAGUUACAAAAAACAUUUCCUACCUCAACAUCUCCAAUAUCAAAUGGUCAUGAGACAGCAGUUGAAACAGAAACAGAACCUGUAUUAGAUGUGAGGUCAUCGCGAACUCCUAAUCAGCGCCCUGCUUCAAUGUAUGAACCUCGAGAGGGAUUGCUUCAUCGUUCUAGUAAUCUUCAUUGUGUUUCCUCUGGUGGAAACAUAGCAACUAAGUGGGAUAAGACUAAAAAGGAUGGAAAUGCUAGUGAAUACGAUAGCCCAAGUUCUUUGGUAAGACCAGUAAUGACUCAGAGCAUGUACCAAGGUUCUAAUUCAAAUGCAGAAGCUUUAUCAAGAGGUUGCAACUCCAGUGCUGGCAUGCCUCUCUCAGAAGAAGUGGUUCGACGCACUGAUCAAGUUACAAAGCGCAUCCAAGAAUUGUGGGCUUCCAUGCAGGAACUAGAUAGACGCGAUGCAUUUGUUCCUUGUGCAGAAAGAAUUCGGGUUGCUGUGGCAGAACUUACAGCAAUAUUUCCUCAGAAUCCACCUGAUGAACACAUUCGAAUAGCCUUGCGACAACUCAACAGCAACACAGGUCGUCUUCAAACUGAAUGUGCAGGGUUGCAGAGAUGUAUGGCAGAUGUCUCUCAGAUUGCUGAGAGGGCUUUCUUUCUACAACAAGUGCGCUCCUGUGCUUAUGAUAUUGCUAAAGCAACCAAACAACUUCUUGCACGGCAUUCUCAUAUCUUGCAGAGAGAGUAAAAACAUCUUGUGAAAACUGGUCAUGUAAGUAGUACUUGGUGUGCACAUCAAGAGGUAGAAGUUUUUCAAGUCAAACGUGCGAACGCACCUGGAUGAGUUAAAGAACAGCUGUUAUUUUCAAAACUUAAAACAUUUACCUUUUUAUAUUGUAAACUUUACAGAUAUUGUUUAGGUUUGUGGAGUUUUCUAAAUGUUGUAUUUGGUUAUUGAAUAUACUCACUCUCUACUUUCAGAGAAGUGUAUUGUUUCUUGUUAUGCAUGUGUAUUUCCGUCAUUAGUGUAAUGCAUAUGAAUUCAAAUUGAUUGAGACUUUGUAAGUGUUUUUGAAUGUGUAAUUUAACAAGCAAUUCUCAGAUUUCCUCUGAUGUAAAAACUUCUUAUACUUACAGUAUUUAAUAAUAGGAAAUCUGUGAGGGUGUGGAAAAGCAGGAGAUCAUUGGUGCCUUCAAAACGUAUUGGCCGUUAUUGAAAAUUGUUUCUGGAAACAGAUUGCUUGGAUACAAGAUGAAUAACAUUAUAUGUUGCAUUUUCUAUUUCCAUUUGUUUAUUUUAUGACAACAAAUAUUUUUUGCAGUUUUUAUAUCCACACGUUUCAUGAAAGAAUAUUUAAUUCAUUACUUUGAAAUAAAAUAAAACUAACGGUGCUCAAUUCUUACUCAAUUCUGUUUCCAAAUUGUGAUUAGACCUAAGACUGUGUUCACGCCAAGUCUAGAGAUGUGUGAGUAAUUCAUGCUUUCAAUUCUACCUCUCUCAAAGGACCUAUUCUUUAAAAUGGCUUCUCGCUAUUGCAUCUUGCAAAUUAUAAUAUUUAAGAAUUGUGGAUUAUGUUACCUAAACCUUUGAUAAUUAAUACAAAAUUCUAUUUUCAAAAUAGUAAUUUAUGUAUUAUGUAAAAGUAAAAGUUAAUAUCCUAUUUCUGAACUACAUCAUACAUAAUACUUUUGAGUACAUAAUUCUCAUCGUGUUUUAGGAGAUGCGAAUUUGUAGCAGCUGAAAAUAAAUUUUGAGCAAAUUUGGUUUACAAAACUUUUUUUUACAAAACUAGGUUUGUUUAGAAACUCGCACAUCCCUAGCCAAGACUGCUGCAAUAUAAGUGGUGCUAGCGCAGGUUAAUAGGAAAUUUAUUUUUUUUAUAAAUGCAAUUCUUUGCAUAUGUUAUUGACCAUAUCUGAUCUACUUGUAUAUACAAACACUACACUCAUUUUAAAGUGAGUAUCUGUCAUCAGAUAUUUCAAAUUUGUUAUGCCCACUGCACAUCAAGAUGUUUUGGGUAAAAGUGCUCAUUUUACAGUGGUAGAAGUAUAACAUAUCAGUUAUUGAGACCAUCACAGAAAUUAUUGUUUUACAGAUGAAUUUUACUGUAUAUUCCAUUAGUGAAUUAUAUUUUGUAAGCACUAUAACUCACAUAGUGUAUAUUCCUUUAUGGGAAAUUUCAUUUGUCCUGAAUGUAUCCACUUUAGAAAAUAUUCUAGUUUUAUAUAAACUUAACUGAAUGUAUUUGAGAAGUAAGAUGAAUUCUCAUACAUUUUACUCCAGUAAGUCAAAUUUGUAUUUUCCUGUUAUUAUCAGUUUUGUUUAUUGUUAUGCAUCAUUGUUUUCACUAAGAAGUUUUUCAGUUUUCAUGAUUUCAUUUACAAUACAGAAAUUAUGAAAGCUGAAACUCUGUAUGUUAGAUCAAACCUUAAGCAAGUAUUGUUUACUUGUGGAAAGAUUCUUUCAGUUCACAAGCAGGUCUGUUUUAAAUAUUAUAUAUGAAACAUUCACAAAUAAAUGAAUAUUUUUACAGCAAUUCAUGUGGAAUUGCACUUCAUUUUCUUAAAGAGUAUCAUUUUGCUGUAUGAAUUUUGAAAUCUUUUGUAGUAAUUAUAAAAGCUUUAAAUGUUUACAUUACUGCUACAAUAUUGUACUAAUUUAGUGAAAAGAAAGAACUUACAGUGUAAUUUUAAACUUUGGCAAUGUGUCGAUUUCUUAAGUAACUAUUCAAGUAUUACACCUUUGUUUUUUUAAACAUUUGUGUUUUCAAAUUUGCAUAAAUUUGUUUAUUUAAAAUAUACUUUUAAAUUAGUAUGAAUUAUUAUGAAUCGAUGCCAUUAAAAUUUGUAUUAGCCUCUUUUCCUUCUUACUAGAUGUUUGGGCUAAUAUAUUCCCGUAGAAGCUGCUGAUUUUGGCUGUUAUUUAUAAUUAAAAAUUUCUACAUUAAGUUUCAUUAGAGCUGUUGCUAUAGUUGAAAAUAGAAUGCAUGAUUAUUAGACCCAAAUUACUUUAUUUGUUCUGAGUAGUUUAGAAAAUAUUUUAGUUUUGAAGUCGAAAUAUAUAAAAAUAUUCACACAUGCCUAGAAGUAUACUACAACCACAAAUCUAUUUUUUAUAAAUGAAAACUUCUAGAUCAUUGAACAUGUUGCAGUUCUAUAUAGGUCAGUUUAUUUUUGGAUGAUUUAAGAUAAAACAUUAUUCUAUAAAGUAGUAGUAACAUACAACAUACAUGUGUUUUUACUACCUAAGAGCAUAAACACAUUUGUUAUUUCCUGUUCAAAAAACAUCUAAAAUGAAGUUAUAAUUUUCUUUUUCCCUGAAACAGGCUUGUUUCAAAAAUUGUUAAUUAUAAUAUUAGGAAUCUGUAUUGCAUUUGAAGACUUCAAUUGCUGCAUUAAUUGUUGGGUGCAUCUUGCAAAUAGAUGUAUUAUAGAAAUAUUUGCUGUUAUGGUGACAUUUAAUUCUUGAUGUGAUGAAAAAAUUUAUCUCAUUUUAGAUGUUGAAAUUAGACAGCUAUAAAUUCCAGUUACUGAAAGUAUAAGAGUCUUCGAUAAAGUGUUAAAUAAAAUAUUAAUUAACGAAUUGUUGAGAAUCAGAUUGUGAUAUUUGGCACAUGUACGAUUCCCUGUUCUCAGAUAGCUUUACAAUUCUAAACACAAACCCAAAUUUUUUGUUAUAAGUUAGCUGAGACCAGAGUAAAAGCAUUUGAAACAUAUACCACAUUUUGAAGUAUUAAAACAAAUGUAAUCCAAAUGUCAGGUUACAAUAUGAGAUAUGUAUGGUAGUUGUUGGUAUUGUACAAUGCAAUUAACAAUUAGAUUUUUUACCAUAGAUUCAAUUAUGUAAAUAUAUGCAUGUGCAUUAAAAUAGUUUUCUUUGUAGCAAAAAUUUCUAUAGGUAUCUCAAACUUUGUAGUUGUGUCAUUAAGGCAGCUAUGACUUUUCAUUAAUUUUAAGAAAAUGUUGCCAUUUGCUGUAUGAAAUUAGAAAUUUAAGUACAUCUUAAUUUGUGUGAAUGUCAUUAACAAAUACAAAUUACCACAGUAAUUAUCUAAUAGUGAAGUAUGUAAAUAUAUAUAUUGUGUUGUUUGUUGUUUUAUAGUGUAAGUUGAUAUUCUGCCUUUCUGUCAUGUUUUGCCUCAGAUUGUAAAUAGUGUCCUUUCCAGUUUGUAGGGUUAAAUAUUAUGAAUUUAACCACAAGUUUGGUGUAGCAUUCUUUGUAAUUUGAAUGCAAAAAGACUGAAAUGAUACUGUAGUUCUGGUUGCUCAAUUCUUUUCUUGUUUCCAUUUUCAACAUUUAUGGUGUGUUAAAAGGCUUAAUCUGACUUAUAAUUCAGAAGGAGCCUCUGAUUAAUUUAAUAAAUAUAAUGCUUGAUUUAAUUUUUUCCCCUUUAUUGAUACAAAGAUUGUUAUUCACAGAGGUUAGGUUAAGUCAGAUUAUAUUAAAAACUCGCCUCUGUAGAAAGUAUUCAUUGUACUGAAUUUUACAUAAUUAUGUUAUUCAGUAUAUUUCUUUUGUUGCAAUUAUAUUCUUCAUAACAGAUAACUGUAUAGCUUUAUGAACACUUACCCUUUCUAUCCAUUAGCAGUAUUCCUUUGUAUCCCUAAAUGUGCAUGCCACUUAAAUUAGUAUCUUAUAAAAUAAAAAUUUUAUGUAUGCAUGGAUCGUGAUAAAUUACAGUAGCUAUUUUAUUUCAUGGAAAUUUAAAUUAUAACGAUGGAGGUUGUGUGUUUAUGAUAUUCAGUUCUUCUUGCUCAUUUCGAUCUCUCAAUCCACCCAAUACAUUCACUAAGAAGUUAUUAAAUUCCACUCUUAAUCGAUUUCCAUUUUCUUCAACAUUUGUUGCCACCUGCAUAACUCUAGAAAAUGUACUUGACAAUUUUGCAGCAGGUUUUCCAUCUUUUUCACUUUUGCUGACAGCUAAGACAAGACUGUGUUUAGAUGUUAAAUCUGUCUGAGUAACAUAGUAAUUGUACAGCAGUUCCAGUUCUCUUGCAUGAUCUGCUACAAUUGGAUUGUAAACAAACACUACACCUUGAGUAUCACGUUGAAAUGCUGGCCAACAUGUUUCGAAUCUGCACAAGUUCAUGAAAACAUAUAAUAAAACAGAACUAAACAAUGUACAUAAAUACAUACAAUCCCUACAUACUUGUGAUCACCACUACAGUCCCAUAAUUCAAUUUCUGCUUUCACAUGCUUGUUAUUUACAUUCAGACUCUGUACUUCAAAUUCUAAUAUUCGGACGCCUUGUGUAGGAUGAUAAUCUCCUCCCAAAUUUUCUGUGGCAUCUGACAGAAAAUUCGCGACUGUUGUCUUUCCGCAAGCACAUGGUCCAACCAACAGAAUUUUUAAUUUGUGCAUUUCCUUAGACAUUUGGAAAGAAUAUUU